CUCCGCCUCUUAUUUGCAUGAUCUUUUCCCUCCGGGACCCAGCUGCAAAGUCCCGACAGCGCUCAGCGCUCGGCUCACGCUGCUAUAAAAGGGGUUUCAGGUCCCAUGCGACUUCCAAACGCAGAGCGAACCCUCAGAGCCCGCUCUCCCACUUGCCUAACUCGGUAUCGGCCAAUCCAGAGCGCCUGAGAGCAGUUAGCUGCUGGCUUCCUAAAGGGGAGCGGAGACGCUCAGACUUGACUUUUCCAUUGGGUCUAGUGCUCGCACCCAGGGGACAGAGUAAAGGGAAGUGGGACCUGGACUCGAAGGCCAGUGAUUGCUCUCCCCGCUGGAACACACCCAGCUCAGCCGGGCUGCAGCAUGACUCUGUGGGAUGGUGUGCUGCCCUUCUACCCUCAGCCCCGGCAUGCCGCCGGCCUCAGUGUCCCUCUACUCAUCGUCAUUCUCGUGUUCUUGGUCUUGGCCGCCAGCUUCCUGCUCAUCUUACCCGGGAUUCGUGGCCACUCGCGGCGCACUUCAGCGCAGAAUGGUCAGUCGGCAGCGUUAGCACCAAAACAUCCUACAAGGCCUUCAGCGUGGAACGCGUCCGAGCCCACGUCGGUCUGCAUGUGGGCCUGGAGGGUGUUAAUAUCACACUCACAGGGACCCCAGUGCAGCAGCUGAACGAGACCAUCGACUACAACGAGCAGUUCGUCUGGCGGGUGGGCCAAAACUAUGCCGGGGCGUACGCGGAGGCCCUGGAGAAGGGGCUGCCGUACCCGGUUCUCUAUCUGGCGGAGAAGUUCACUCCAAGCAGCCCCUGCGGGGUUUACCGCCAAUACCGCCUGGCGGGACACUACGCCUCGGCCACUCUAUGGGUGGCCUUCUGCUUCUGGCUCCUCUCCAACAUGCUGCUCUCCAUGCCGGUUCCGCACUACGGAGGCCUGGCUCUCCUCAUCACCGGCGCCUUCGCGCUCUUCUCGGUGUUCGCCUUCGCCUCUAUCUCCAGCGUGCCUCUCUGCCAGCUCCGCCUCGGCUCCUCCGAGCUCACCACUCACUACGGCGCAGCCUUUUGGAUCACGCUGGCCACUGGCGUCCUGUGCCUCCUGCUCGGAGCGGCGGUGUUGAGUCUGCACUACGCUCGGCCCAGCGCUCUUCGCCUCUUCUUGGAAGGAAGUGUCAAGGACCUCGAAAGUCCAGCGAAGGGGAGCUCGCCUCUCGUCCUCAGCAACCCACUGCAUAAGCAGUUCAGGGCCUCGGACUUAACCAUCAGUACUAACUUGUGAAAGGACUCAACGUCGGACUCCUACUCCGCCUUGGUCCCCGCGCAGGCCGGGGUGCCGGUGCCCGCCGAGCGGAGGAGCUCCGGGAGCGCGGUGGGAGAGGCCGGUGGCCUCGGAUGUGACCCCCGCUCCGCAGAAAGUCUCCCAGGGUGAGCUGGAAAUAAAUUCUUUCUCUUUUGUUUU